AUGGUACGGAGGCCCGGCUUGCUUGCGCUGGCCUUCGUCGGCACCGUGAGCCUGUUUUUUGUGGUCGACUUUUUUCGGCUGAAGUUCCGAAGAAGUCUGAUGACCCAGAAGCCUGGCAUGAACCCUACACCGAAGGCCGCAAUAAAGGAUCCCGAUCCCGAGCUGCCUCGAGUCGUGGAGACCUUGCUUCACGCCCUUACCUGGGGCUUCCCGAAAAACUGGGCGGCAGAACUCAACAGUGGGAACCACUCGAGGCCCUUCCGGAUUCCCAACUUGGUGAGGGAUUUUCCCAGGAACUGGUCCGCGGUGGAUGAAAUUGUGGAACUCGCGGGCCACUUGCCCUGUGCCACUCUUCGGGACUUGUAUGGCUGUGCUGGGGCGGAGUAUUUGAGGGUUCUCAAGGAGACGCCACUAUGGAAUUCCAGCUAUGACAUCAUGCAGUUGCCAAGAGGAACACGGAUCUUUGCCGUCGGAAACUCGGUGUUGGCAGAGUUGCUGGAAGCAGCCCUGUGCUAUCACAACUGGGAUUUCGUCUUUCCUGACCCGAAUAGGACAACCAACUCGUUUAUUGCGCACAAUGUCAUCAACAACAUCACGAUGCUGCUGGUCUCCAAUGAUCCCACGAUUGAUGGAGCCGCUGACCUGUGGUCGCCCGUCCGCCUUGCCAGGCUAGUUCAACCGCAGAUCAUAGUGCUUGGAACCCUCAACGAGCGUCCACAUUGGUGGGGCGGUGACAUUCCUCGCAUGAACCAGCGCCGGCAUCUCCUGGUGCAGGAGUUUCCGGAUGCAGCCGUUGUUGACCUCGCAGGGAAGCAUGUGGGCGAUUGCUGCCCGGCCGACCUUCACAACUGCAAGCGCCCUUCGAAGUGCGAGAGUAAGACCUAUGAACAUCAUGAGUGCAUUCCUGGGCCGAUCUUGCGGUAUGCAGAGCAGUUCGUGGCUGUUCUGCACAAAGCGGUCCGCAAAGAGGAUAUGUCGAGGAGUUGUCUGGGUGUUGGAAGGAUUCGCCCGCUGCGCUCCUGCGUCGUAAGCCCCUGA